UUGGAUGCAUUAAGAUUUUUUUUUUCUACAGCGUCUGACGCGUCUGCGGCGGGGAGACCAGGAGCGGAGGGACUCGGAAACUUGUGUGGUGCAGGAGACGGUCUCUCUUUUUUUUUUGGGAUCUGCGCUGCCACAUCUGUUAUAAUAAAGAGUGAGAAGAAGAGAGCCAUGGUGAACUCCCUCAUACUGGUGUUAAGCUGGGCAGUGAUGUCUGAGGUGGCGAGAGCUCAGAAUGACACGGAGCCCAUUGUCCUGGAGGGGAAAUGCCUCGUGGUGUGUGACUCGAACCCGGCCACGGACUGGAAGGCUUCGUCCUCUCCGCUCGGCAUCUCUGUGCGCGCUGCCAACUCGAAGGUGGCUUUCUCUGCAGUCCGGAGCAACAACCACGAGCCCUCGGAGAUGAGCAACAAAACGAGAAUAAUCUACUUCGACCAGGUUCUGGUGAAUAUAGGAAACUACUUCACGUUUGAGUCAGUAUUUUUGUCCCCGAGGAAAGGAGUCUACAGUUUUAACUUCCAUGUCAUUAAAGUGUAUCAGAGCCAGACCAUACAGGUGAACUUGAUGUUGAAUGGGAAACCCGUCAUCUCUGCCUUCGCGGGUGAUAAAGACGUAACGCGUGAGGCAGCAACCAAUGGAGUUUUGCUCUAUCUAGAAAAAGAGGACAAAGUUUACCUGAAGCUGGAGAAGGGGAACCUCGUUGGUGGAUGGCAAUACUCAACAUUUUCUGGCUUUCUUGUGUUCCCACUGUAAAAAAAAAAAGAAGAUUGUAAGCUUACUGACUUCUUCAUAAUGUGUUGUCACUGUAUAAUCCAAACAUUGCUGCUGCGUCUUGGUGGAUCUUGGUGAGUGCUCGAGAUAUUAUAGAUGAAAAAUGGAUCUGAACCGAGAGAGGAGAUAAGACUUUGGAAAUCAUCACAUUUCUGGAAGUGCUGAGCCCCCGUCCAGAUGAAAGAGACUUGAAAUGUUCCCAAUCGCUACUGUACGUUCCCGUCACUCAGAGAGCCUCCGAGGGGAACGCCAACACAUCCCAGAAGUACUUUUCAAACCUCGACUGGCUGGAGAAGUUAUCAUUUUUUCAUGACGGCUGUUGCAUUCAAGUACAUCUGCCUUUUGGGGGUAAACUAUAAAUGCUUGUGUUAUUUGUGUGACUUGUUAUCAAUGAAGUAUUUUCAAUGCUACAUAAAAGGGAGAUGUUUUCUCUGGAGCUCACUUUUUGAGGCCAAGAGUCGGCCAAAUAGAAGGGAUAAGAGUGAUGUAGGGCACUGAUAAGAAAUACAACAUUAUGGGAGCUGUU